AGCUAGAUAGACCACUUUUCUUUCUGCUGCCAUUUCUUUUCUGACUUUUUACUUGUGGACUGUACCAAAAUCCACCACCGGCACGAUGGAUAAAUUCCAAACUGUCCUGCGUUUCCUCGUGAACCAGAAAGCCACCAUCGGCUACAGUUUUAUGGCUCUCCUGACAAUAGGCGGAGAGCGGAUCUUCUCCAUGGUCUCCUUUCAAUGCCCCUGCAACCACGACCAGAACUUUGCCUACGGGCUCACGUUCCUGCUCGGCCCCGCCGUUGUGCUGCUGGUCUUGGGUCUGUUCUUCAACACCAGGCUGUGGAGGCUUUACACGGGGUGCUGCCUCAAUCCCAUGAAGCUCUGCCCGCGUGGAAACUGCUUUGGGUGCUUCAGAGUGUUCACAAGCAUCUUCACGGGAGCUUGCGUGGCUCCGUUGAUGUGGCUCUCCGUGGCUCUGCUCAACGGGACCUUUUACGAGUGCGCCGUCAGCGGCCGCGAUGAAAACCUGGUGGUGGAUCUGUUCUGCAAAAACAAAACCAUGAAGUGUCGAGAGGAGCUGGCCCGGGUACCCUGUGGCAGGUCCAAGUUAACUGCUGAUGAGCGCAUGGAUCUACUGCUGAUGUUCAGGGCACAAUCCCAGAUUCUGGGUUGGUUCAUCAUCAUUAUCGCCGCCACAGUCGGCCUUUUGGGCACCUGCUACACCAACUGCCGCUCCAAAGUCAGCUUCCUGCAGCGCACCUUCUGGAAGCGAUACAUGGAGAAAGAAAAAGAGCACUUUGACACCUACACUGCGGAGUACGCCUCCAAACUGGCGGAAAGAAAUCUCAGCAGUUUCUUCGACAACAAGAACCCUGAGCCGUUCCCCUUCCCGAACCACAAGGCCUGGGAGCAGAUCUCGGAGCUCUACACCUUCUCCAGGAGCGAACAAUACUACAGCACCCUGCAUAACUACGUGGAGAGGGCGGAUCGGGACUCCCCGCCUGAGAAGAGACCCGUCCUGGAUUUGGAGCGUGGGAUGGAAAUGAAGUGAAGUCCGCCAGUGCAUAGAAGAGCAGACUGGUGAAACUGUUCCGGGAAUUUAAAAAAAAGCACUCUAUAAUUGCACCACCUGUUGAUGCCACUAAACGUAGCUCCUGAUUUACACUACCUUGAAUAACAAUCAGCUUCCACUAACUAGAACUUGCUAAGUGGACAUGAAACAUUUAACCUGGUCAAACAUCUGCAGGUGCGUUUAGGAGAAAAGAAGCAGGAUAUAAAGUGCUUUUGGUUCCAGAAAAAUGCAAUACUGAGUUCUGAUUUGGAUUUUAGUUUCAAAUGCAUUUUUAUCUGGCAAAGAGGCCAAGGCUGUGUCUCAAGUCCAACAUUUCAGUAGCUGCUGUCCCUGAUCCAUUUGUUGCAAUUUGUCACUUAUGUUCUCCUUCCGGUCACUUACUCUAAGUCACUCCUCUUGUGCAGCCGACCCAAAAUGGCGACCAUUGAGGAUGGGAAGUGUCCAUCAGCGCGCACACACCGUUGCGCUGACAGUUUACUGCACUGCAUUUUAGGUUGUCCCGAUCCCAUAUGAAUAUCAGAUAUCACUUCGAUAUCAGAAAAACCCCCAAAGUCAGCUUGCGUCUAAAAUCUCAGCUUUACUUGUGUGUGAUAUCAUGUGCAAUAUAAGCAGUCCAGCAGCGUGUUUACUUGUGUGUGAAAUCGCGCGUAAUGCUAACAGUCCUGCAGAGUGUUUAUUUGUGUGUGACAUCAUGUGCGAUACAAGCAGUCCCGAGGAUGUGUUUACUUGUAUGUGAUAUCAUGUGCGGUACAACCAGUCCUGCAGCGUAUUUACUUGUGUGUGAUAUCAUGUGCGAUACAAGCAGUCCUGCAGAGUGUUCACUUGUGUGUGAUAUCAUGUGCGAUACAAGCAGUCCUGCAGCGUAUUUCCUUGUGUGUGAUAUCACGUGUGACACAAGCAGUCCUGCAUUGUGUUUACUUGUGUGUGAUAUCAUGUGCGAUACAAGCGGUGCCGCGGCAUGUUUGCUUGUGUUUGAUAUCAUGUGCGAUACAAGCAGUCCAGCUCUGUGUUUACUUGUGCAAAGCUGGACAGCCAGUUAACAUCUGAAUGUCCUUCCAAUAAGCACACAAUUUAUUUUAUUUUACAAAAGUAAUUUACAAAAGGUGAACAUGCUAGGCCAUAGGCUACUGGGAGCUAGCAGCUACACGACAGCUAAGCACAUGGUAGCACACAAGCUAGACAUACAGUAGGUAAUAAGCACUGAACAACAAAAGGUGACAUUUGACAAUAUGAACAAGUAUCAAAUAAUUAUAGUUGUAUAUUACUCACACAUACAAAGUCUGCAAGGCAGAACCAUAUUAGAAAGUAUCCAGUAACAAACGUGUCCGCAGCAUUCAAUUUACUGAGCCGUGAGCUGAACUUAAUUAUUAUUGUGGCCACAAGGUGUCGCUAUUAUAAAACUAUUACUACUCCACUUUAACUUAAAGAGGGCAUAAGUCCAUUCUAGACGGUUAAUAUUAGAUAGGUUAGUGUUUUUCAUACUUAACAUUGUACUCUGUUGAACUCAUUUCACUUCAUCAAACAUUUUCUAACAUUCCACAGCACUAAAUAAUGAAUGUCUGUUGCAUUCAUGCUGAUAUCGUAUCGGCCAAUACUCAGGGGUGUCCAAACUUUUUCCACCAAGGGCCGCAUACUGAAAAGUCAAAGUAUCCAGGGGCCAUAUUUAUAUUUUUUUAUUUACAAAAAAUACAUAAUUAUUGGAAUAUUUCAGCUUUUUCUCAUUACAUACUGAUAUGUUUGCUCUUUUCUUACAUUUUUACUGUUGUUUUUUCCCAUGUAAUAAUAAAAUAUAAUAAUCAUAAUAUCAUUGUGCAUUACCGAGUGGGUCAAAAAUUCUGCCUGUAUGAAAAUAAUAAUGUUCAGUUACACAUUUAAAAAUGUGUAUUAUUGUUGUUGUAAUUUUUUAGUAUUAUUUCAUUUUUUAAUUAACUAACUAAACGUUGUUUAUAUUUUAAGUAUAUUUUGAGAGCUUCUAAUAAGGGCCGCAUACUGAAAAGUCAAGUAGGGGGCGGGGGGCCAUUUCGAUAUUUUUUUUAAUAAAAAAAUUAAUACAAAUGCUAAAAACAGAUCAUAUAUACAUUUAAAUACAAAACGUUGUGUAAUAAGUGACUAAGUAUAUUAUAUUAUAAAUAGGUUAUUAUUUGAGAACAGAACUUUUUAAAUUUUAGCAGACACGUUCGAUAUUUGCUCGGAUCGCCGAUACCAGCCAGAAUUGGACUUGGUAUCGGAUUGGAAAGAAAAUGAGUGGUAUCGCACAUCACUAACGCAUAGGGUGUGAAUGAUGCAACUACCUAUAUCUACCAUGUAAUUGGUGGAAUAGUCCACAUUUUUCAGGGGGGGUAAAAUAGUUUACGGAAACAGGACUGAAUGAAAACCCAGGGACACCGCUUAAGUGUACAUUUGAACUAUUUUGUCUGUUUUUAAAUAAAAUAAACCAAUAAAAGUAUUUAAGUAUAACUGGGAUAAGGACUAACACAAUCAGGCAAAACCCGCAACAUUUCUGAAGGAUGCUCAUUAUAAAGUCAUCUAAUUUUAGGAAGUGGGGACAGGCAGAAAAUGCUAUUUUUCCAUGUUCUAGGUAGUUUAAACUUAUCUUUUAAAUUAUUUUUUAUUUAAUCAGAUUAAUGACGUGUUUAGUAAGAGUAUAUUUUACACUUAAUUGUAUUGUGUAUUAAUUUUAUUUGUUGGGGCCGCAAAUGGCAAAGACAAAAACAUAGAAAUAUGCAGAAAUAAUAGUUGUGGCUGAACUAAAAAUGUAAUAUUAAUCUUCCAAAAUAAUACAAUAUUUUUUGUGGGGUUAUUUUCUUCCUUGAAAAGACAUAAUGAACAGAUUUGUUAAUUUAAACAAAUCCUGAACCUAAAAUGUAUUACAUUUCAUAAUUUCAUACAAGAUGGAUUCGGGUUUCUAUUGUUGUUAUUGUUGAAUAGUAAUGACAAUUGUACAAUGAAUGACAUUAUUAUUCAUGAUUGUAUGACUCUUGUUCUGCAAGAUUGCACCUGUGGAAUAUGAUGUAUGUUUUGUUUCUACUUUUGUUUUUAAUUGUUGUUAAAUUAAAGUGUUUUUGCACUCUUAACAUUUACUUUAUGAAACAAAAAACAAUAUACAAUAUUCAACGAGCAAAAUACCAAUGAAAUGUUGUCAGAACAGGUAUAGUAGCAAAAGACAAACAUGGAAAGAAACAA